AUGUUUGGCGCCUACGCACCAAGUCGGCGGACGCACUCUGCCUCCCUAACUCUACAGACCUCUGCUGUGGGUGAUUUUCUGAAAACCAGCUCCUCGCCGGAUUUUACCGAGGCGGGAACUUCGUCAGUCAACGGCAAAGAGAGUGAAAAAGCCCUCCAUUUCUCUGAACUGGAUGAGAUAGCAUCCAUUCCAAAGGUCACUUUGGAGCCUGCUGAAGAAGAUGAACUCAUCAUAGAGACCACACUUGGUGCCCUUUUUUCUCACAUUUGGUGGGCCACUUGGGCCCUGAUCCAAAGCGAAAUUUCGAGCAUCGACUUUGGAUUCAUGGUGAGUGCUUCUCCUCAGGGGGAUACCCUCGCAUUUUUAUAA